AAGGAAAGGCAAGAAGGGGGAUUUAAAAACAACGUUUUGGGUAAAGUUCGAGCACACCCAACUCUGGAUUUUGAAUGUUCUUUGAACUGAGUGGAGCCAGGGAACAAACAAACAAACCCACGUUUUCUAAACCCCACUCGCUCUCGCACGGAAAGGGCUGGGGGUGGGGGCUUAACAAGAGACACAUUUGGGGAUUUGUUCUACAGCAUGGAGGAGAAUGACCACAGUCCUAGGGAAGAAGCCCUGGAGCAGCAGCAGCAGGAGUCCAGCAGCGGCAGCAGCAGCGAUGCGGAGCCCAACAGGAGCCGGGCAAUGAUCCUGCCCGUGGUUCUGCAGGCGCCUGGGAAUCACCAGCACCCGCACCGGAUCACGAACUUUUUCAUAGACAACAUCCUGAGGCCGGAGUUCGGGCGGAGGAAGGAAGGGGGGACCGGCAGCAGCGGUGGCAGCAGCGGCAGCAGCCCGGAGCAGCUGCUCUUAGCCGGCAGGGAGAACCGACGGAGUCCCUCUACGGCGCCGGGAUCUGGGGGGCAACUCACCGGCGGCGGGGGAGGCUCCCCGGGCGAAGGAGAAGGAGGCUCCAAAGCCCUUGCUCUCAAUGGGGGAGCCAAGAAAGGAGGCGACUCCGGGGCCCUGGAAGGAGCCUUGAAAUCCCGGGGGCUAAGCGGCGGCGACCUGUCUGUGAGCUCGGACUCUGAUAGCUCCCAAGCCAGCUCCAACACCAGUAACCAGCCCAUGCUCUGGCCAGCCUGGGUUUACUGUACUAGAUACUCGGACAGGCCUUCUUCAGGUCCCCGGUCUCGUAAACCAAAGAAGAAGAAUCCCAACAAAGAAGACAAGCGUCCCAGGACAGCCUUCACCGCGGAGCAGCUGCAGAGACUGAAAGCGGAGUUUCAGACGAACAGAUACUUGACGGAGCAGAGGAGGCAAAGCCUGGCUCAGGAACUCAGCCUCAACGAGUCUCAGAUCAAAAUCUGGUUUCAGAACAAACGAGCCAAAAUCAAGAAAGCCACUGGCAACAAGAACACCCUGGCGGUGCAUCUCAUGGCACAAGGACUGUACAACCACUCCACCACAUCAAAAGACGGCAAGUCAGACAGUGAAUAGAAAGGGGGCCGAGGGAAGGCCGGGGAAGGGGGCAGUGUUCAGUCAAAGUUUAUACAAUGCAAUAAUUUAAUUAAAAAAAAAAUAAGGGCCAGUGUAUAAAGAUUAUACCAGCAUUAAUAGUGAACAUAGUGUGUAUUAGCUAUAAUUCUGCAAUAUUCUAUGUGUAUAUAAUUUACAGGUAAGGUGUAAAAAUCCAAAAUAUCUGAUUAUAAAAUAUUUUUGAUUUUGUUUUGUUUUAUUUUGGUUCUAUGGAGAUUUUAGAUGGUAUCUUUAUGAAUUUUUUUAAUGCUUAAGUUACAUUUUUAUAGACUUAAGCGCUGUUUUAAUGGACAUUGGACACUGUUUUUUGAAAUUCAAAAAAAAAUUAAAAACAAUUUUUGCUGAAGUCCAAAGAUUUUUAUUGCUGCAUUUCACACGACUGUGAACCGAAUAAAUAGUUCUCCGGUUUGUUCGAUGAGUUUUACCAUUAUUAUUUUUUUGUGUUUGGCUUCGGGGAUAGAAAACAAUGAUUUAAUUUAAAAAACUGUAAUAGGGAAAGAAACCCCAAGGCAUUGUAUUAACAAAAAUGUCCAGGAUCCUUUCUUUAAUUUGCCCUCACUUCUUCAUUCGGUUGGGCUCAAUCAAAGGCUAGAGGGUGUACAUGAUCUGAGAAAGCUGGCCAGCAAGUGAUGGGGGCGAUCAAGGAGUUCAUUUGGCGCUUAGUUGAUUUUUUCCCUUCCCCGUAGCUUGGUUGGAAAACUUUUGAAGUAAACAUCACAACUUCCGGGAGAAUGUCAUAGGAAGCGAACAAACAAAAACACCCUUUUCCAUAUGAAGGAAACUUUUCUUUUGGGUCUUUGCCGUGCGUGUGUGCGUGCAUUAUUAGACAAUAACACACUCAUCUAUACAAACCUGCACAGAUCCCUUUUCCCGUUAGUUCAUCGCAUUUUGUAGCUUAGACGCUUCUUCUCUUGCCCCCUGGAAGGCGUUGUCCUUUAGCUGGCAGGCGGCAAGUAGCCUAGGAUGACUUUUGCAAAAGGCUUUGGUUUGCCUUGGACAAAUCUACACCAGACCGCA